AUGGGCGAAGCUUGGACACGCCACCAGCUAACCUUGGAACUGCCACCAACGAAGCUUGGAUGUGCCAGCUUGCGCAACGGGAGUCCCCUUCGCUCCUCUCCAUCCUAGUGGCUGCUUGAUUCAGCCAUUGCCCUGCUUUGGUUCCUUCGACAGGCACAUCUCACUUCUCCAUACCCCUCCCUCGCUCUACUCCUCGCCUCCCCGGGAGGAACUAACUUACACAUUAACCCAAAUACGGUGCAGAUCGGUUCUUUGCCAUCUCGUCUCUCGACCGAUCGAUGCGGGGGUCUCCCAUUACCGUACCCUUGCCUCACCCUUGUGUGGUCCACGUGCCGAGAGCUCAUUCUCACGGCGAAAUUCCCUCCUCCCGACUUUUUUUUUCUCAUGAAAGUAGCCGCCUCGAUAACCGCCGUUGCGAGCUCUACCUGCGGCGAGCUCCAUGCAUACACGUACACUUACGUCAGGGCCGAUGGCCACCGUCGAAUCUGGAUCUCCAUCAGAUACCAGAGCUCCAUAGAGUGAUCCACGCUUCGGCGACGGAGAGCAUUCAGAGCUGAUAGAGACGACGACCGUGCCGCUCGUCCGCACUUUAUACAAGGGUGGAAACUUCUUUACUUACCGUGUUUUCUACUCCGCGCGCAGAGAUCUCGACCUUCACUGUCUUGUCACGCUCGGCCUUCAUCCAUGGCGUCUCUUAGCAGCGUUCCGCGGCCAAUCACCCUUCGCGACAUGCCGUCAUCAUUCGAGUUCGACUACCCCAUCAGAAGGAGUGCUUCCGAACCUCGCCCCGCAGCCCCUUGCCGCAGCAGCCAGCUCGUCGUCAUAUCAGACGAGUCAUCCGAGCCUGCGCGGCUGCCAGAAGCGUCGACGAGUCGGGGUCGGAGUCGUCCGCCGCGGCUCUCAAACUGCUCCGCGCCAGGCGCACGCGCCACACCCAGCUCUCCUGUGACACCUCCUCUAACCUCUGCAGUGACACCCAGUGUAACGUCUCCUGUAACGUCCCCCGCCCCCCUAUCCAGCCCGCUGAGCGCGAGGAAUCCGGCACCGUCUCCCCGCCGCGCGCUUUCCGUCGCCGAGUGCGAGGCCGCGCUUCUAUCGCCUCCGCCGCCUUCGAACCCCCGUGCAGUGAAGCCCUCGUCCCCGUUCCAUCAUCGGCGGCGGCAUUCCGUGUCGGGAGAAUCGCUGUCGCGCGUCGAGGUACUGGGCUCGACGAGUCCGCAGGUGUUGACCGGGCCCCGCUCCAGCAGGCCAUCUUGUGCCAGCGCCGUUGGCGGUGCCUCUCCUGACAGCAAGCACGGCGUGGGUCCUGCUUCGCGCGUUUUUGCGAGGGCUAAUGAUGUGACCGUUACAAGGUCGGCCCAAGCCAGGCUGGCCGCCUCCGGCAAGCCGGUCUCGGGAGCAUCGCAGGCAGGUUGCAUAGAUGAUGAUGUGGCUGUCUUAUCCACAACGGGACGGUCUAUCCAUCGGCCACAAGCGAGUAGGUGCACACCAUUGUUGGUGGGAGGACGGAGAGCCGUUAACGGGCGACAGAUUAGAAGCAGCACAACGGUCAGCAACAGCAGCAGCAGCAGCAGCAGCAGCAGCAGCAGCAACACUGCCUCUCCAAAGCCCCCAAAGCAGAGCAGCAGCAGCCUUCCCCCUGCCUCCCCUCACCCCCCGACACCAACUAGCAGCCUGCCCGCCUCUCCUCAACCCCCAACGCUGUGCAGCAGCCUCCCUGCCUCUCCUCACCCCCCGAUGCCGACAAGCAGCAGCCCGGCUGCUCCUCAUCCGCCAAGCCUGAGCUGCAGCAACAACAGCUGCUUUCUUGCCUCUCUUCAAUCUUCAAGGCCAUGCCACACCCAUGCCCUGACUCAACCCCCUACUAGCUGCAGCAUUGUUUUCACCGGAGCUAGCCAACGAAUGGUCACAGGGAAGCCUGCCAAGCCAAGCCUGAUUCCACCCCUAACCCCAAAUCGGCUUCACCCAGCAGGAUCCCAAAGCGUGUCAACUUCUGCAAAUAUGUUGAGGUGCUAGAUUAUGUCCCCUAUGCCUUGUAAUUUCUGCGAAAUCCAUGCCCACGUGACAAUUGUCACUGUGUCUAAGGUGGGGAAAGUUCACUAAUCGUGAUAAUGCCAGAAACCCU